GGAGCUAAUUGUUUCUUUUAUGGGUUGUCGCCUUUCGUCGUCGAACAAUGAAAAUCUGCUCACACCAACAGACGCCGGAAACAGUGAAAUGCCUACUACGAGUCACCAGCCGACCGUGGACUACAAAGCGCGCCUUGAGCGGAAGCAGUGCCUGGCCAAAGAGACGCCGGAACCGAUCUACGACUUGGAAGACUGCAAUCUGAAAGAUGUGCCUGCGGGCGUGUUCGUCAUGUGCAAGGUGCUGCGGAAGGAGGCGCUCACGCUGGCCAGCAACAAACUUUCCUCCCUGGCCGGCGGGGGCGUGCUGGAAGACUUAGUUUUACUGCAAUCGUUAAAUCUAUCGUACAAUCGAUUCAAGAAGCUGCCGGAUGAUAUUUACAAACUAGAAAACCUCAGGGAACUAUUUUUAUCUAACAACGCCUUGGAGAAGCUGCCGGUGACGAUGGGGCGACUGAAGAAGCUAGAGCUGCUGAACCUGGCAGCGAACAAUCUUUCGACGGUGGAACAGUUAGCGUUCAUGACCAAUCUUAGAAUGCUGGACAUCAGCAACAAUGUGCGUCUUUCGCAGCUGUCCAAUCAGCUGGCAACGUGUGAUAAUCUCGUAGAUAUUGUACUCGAUACGGAGCGCAUAGUGUACCCGCCGGCGGACGUAACGGCCGGUGGGACGUACGCCAUCGUCAAAUACCUUUCGACCGGGGAAAUUCUUCCGGAAGACUCGGUCCCUGUAACGCACCCGAAGGCAAACAUCGGCAGCAGCAGCACAGCGUUUAUUAGCAGCGAACGGGGAGGUGAACAGCGCCAGCAGGAACUGGCCCGGGAGCGCUUGGAGAAGGAGCGUAAGUUUCUCGAACGUGAACGGUUAGCGUUCGAGAAGGACGUACUGACGGAGAGCAAGCUGCACGAGGAGCAACAGCGCAAGAAGCAGCUCCUUCUGCAGCAACUGCUCGAGCAGCAGAAUCAAAACGACACCCAGGUGAAUCGGUUGCAGCGCGAGAAGCAAACGGAGCGUGAGCGGUUGAUCGAUAACAUCAUACAGGAUGAAUUGCGUUCCAACGAGCUGGUGAACAAUCUGCUAACACUAAAGAACGGUCCCGACCCGGCGUUCCUGGAGCGGGAACGUGAGGAACAGAACCGGUUGAUCGAGGCGCUACGCAUCAAGCAGAACGAUCUGCGCAAACAGGAGAUUUUGACCGCGAUGACGGAUUUGCUAGAAAACGAAAUCAACAUCAUACAGAACUUUCACAAUCAGCGUGAUCAAUCGUCUCGCAAUCUGCUGGAGAGCGAGUGCGAAACAAACAAUCUGCUCAACAACGUGUUUCUCAACUAUGACAAAAAUCGUCAGGAAGUGAUCGACCAGAUCACGGUAGACGAGGACAUACAGAAGAGCGCUGUGGCCGCACUGAUCGCACGGAACGAUUCGCGCACCUGGGGUUUGGUGGAGCAGGUGCGCAUCGUCGAGUCGCAACUGGCCGCCCUGACGCUGUACGAGAUCGAACGGAAGAAAACCAACCAAGACGACCAAAUUAUCAAUCUUACGGAGCAUCGUAUCAAUUUGACCUACGUUCUAACGGAUUUGCUCAAGCAGCAGGACCAACGCAAGCAACAGCUUCUGGAGACGCUCAAAAUAAUCGAGAAGCAAAACGAAAGCGAACGGCAAUCCGACUUCUGGCUGCUGCAGUACCAGCGGCUGCUCGAUCGACAGCCCACGGAGUUGUCCAACGGAAGCGCAUCGAUUGAUCCGGUGCUCGGCUAUCAGUUCUUGGUGAACGGAGUGGUGCACUGUUUGCCGUUUUUGUCUAAAAUCUGGCAAAACAAAGACAAAGAGCUAUGCCAGGUGUGCGACGCCGACUUGAUCGCGGCCGGUGUGCAGAACCCGACCGAUCGCCGUGGAAUUCUGCAGUCGAUUGCAAGCUACUACGAUUAUUUGAAUGGCAGAAUCGACUAUCCGGAGGGAGAAUCGGUCGCUGGUACGCCCAUGGCAACGGCACCCGUGGACAUGGAAUCCGACGAUGAUCGUGCACCGAGUACGAGUCGAAGCGAAAGGGAGGCAGUAACACCGAGCGUUCCAGAUACACCGCCCAUGGUCGGCGAAGGUGGUGCGAUCAGCCCAGUAACAGCUCAAUUCGCCGAAUGCGUUAUCUGUAUGGAGCAAAUGGUACAAGUGAUAUUCCUGCCCUGCGGACACAUGUGCUGCUGUGCAGUGUGUCACACCGAGGUCCAUGAUUGCCCCAUGUGCCGGGCGUACAUUGAACGAAAAAUCAAAGUCAUACAGCCUUAAGGCAGCCCCAGGUGGACGUGGAAUGCAAGGCAAGGUUUUCUCUAUUUCACUAUCCGUUCCAUUUCGCGAAACGCAGCAAUAAAUCGGAUGAAAACACGUCACAGUCGGUUCAUCGAAGCGGAGCAAUACCAAUGCAUUAGUCAAAUUAUCUCCCAUUUUCAUCUCUAGUCACGUAAAGACAUUCAGCAACCCGUAAGGUGGCAACCUGGUGAAGGGAUACUAUUAAGCGGAAAACUCAAAUUAAAUAACAAACAUGUAAACGGAAUUCUUAUAGAUCUAAUGAGAAAACUAAGAGAUUCGCACGAAUUGAAGAGAAGGAAGACAGGAGAAGAUGCCUUUCCUACGUAAGAAAGCAAACAAACCGUAAAGUUACGAUAUCACUACGUACGUAGCGUUUAAGGAUAAGAAAAAAACACCAAAAGCCAUACUGUGGCACUAUUACUCUAUUUCUUCUAGCUUAAGAACACACGCCAACAUUUAACCUUAUCCAUUCGUGCAUUUUUGAGGUAUCGCGUUGGAGGUUUUGUUAAGUUUGUACGAGUUGAUUGCAAUGUUGUUCUAUUACUACUACUAGCCACGAAGCAAAAAGACACCUUUUGAGCCCAGAAAGCCGUUUAAACUAUACUCUUACCAUUAAAACAAGCCACGCUUGUGCCAUUCAUAAGAUUACUAAGUACUAACUUGUUUUGUUGCAAACCCAAGGUUUCUAUCGUCGUUAUUGUAGUGGUGACAUUCACGAUUGUUUCUGGAGCACCAAUUCAUUGUAGAGAGUGCCUUUCACUGUUCGAUUCAUAACUGCGUCCGUUCAGAAUGAAGCACACUUUCCCUUGCAAACAAAAAGAUGGAAUUCAGUUUUUACCAGACCAGAGAGUUUCUAAAACGGCACGUGGAAACAUUUAACUGUAAGUGCUUGCUUCAUCGAAUAGCUUAAUCGCUUAAGCGACAUUUUACCGCUACCCUCGCUGAUCGUGUUUGGUAAGUUUCGUAAUUUGUCAUAAGAGCGUUUUAAUAAAAUUUUA